ACAAAUUUUCCUUUUUUUUUUUUUUUUUUUUUUUUUAAGCCAAGUGAGGUUCAAAAAUUUUUAGGUAAGUCAAACCAUUUACUCCAUAACAUUUUAACCCCUUAAUCAACUGUUUUAUUUUCCACCAAAAAUCUGAUUUCGCUGAAAUUGGUGGCGCCUUUUCAAACGGCUACCUGAAAACAGAAGAUGUCGACGGCGAGAUUCCUCUUCACAAAUGGCGUCCUUUCACCACCUUCCGACACACCGUCGAUCUCCACCUUCCUCGAAACUCACUCAGGUGCUUACACCACUACUCGAACCCACAACAAUGGCGAACUCCUCCUCUUCUGGGACCGCCAUCUCAAGCGACUUUCCAAUUCAAUCCAAUUCCUGUUUAAAUCGAACCCCCGCCUCGUUUUUGGGGCCCAAUUUUCUGGGUCUUCCUUAUUUUCGUCUUCAGUGAAUUGGGAUUCUUUGAUUCUUCGUCGUGUUAAUGAUGCGAUGAGGGUUUCGCUUCCGGUUGCGAUUAAGGAGAGGGGUAAAGGGGAGGAAUUGGCGAUUUCGACGCUUGUUGGAGGGAAUAAUGAGGAAUUGAGUGGAAUUCAGGGGGGAAAUGAGGAGGAGAUGAUUGAUAGGGUGUUGGAUGUGUAUGUGCAUAUUGGAAUGUAUGUGCCACCGGUGUUUGGUGUUGAGGGGAACGCGGCGCGAUUGGCUGUGGUUGGAUGUAGGAGGGAUUUUGCUGAGGCUAAGUACUCUGAUUGGGCAAGGCUAAGGAAGCCAUUGGAAAUGUUGAGACCUCCUUCUGCUACCGAACUUUUAUUGUCAGACAAUGGUGAUCAAAUACUUGAAGGGUCGAUUACAAAUUUCUUUGUAGUUCGUUUUAAGGGGGAUAAUGAAGUCACUGAGAAAAGAUCUAUAAAUCGCGGGACUUUGCAAUCAUAUGAAUUACAGACAGCUCCUGUAAAAGACGGUGUCCUUCCCGGUGUUAUCCGCCAGUUAGUAAUUGAAAUAUGUUUGAGCAAGGGAAUUGCAAUUCGGGAAGAAUCACCAUCUUGGUCAGAACGUGACAGUUGGGAAGAAGCAUUUGUUACAAAUAGUUUGAGACUUCUGCAGCAUGUCGAAACGAUUCAAGCCCCUCGAUCAUGGACCUCAUUAGGAUCAAAAUCCUGGAAAGAAGUGUCGUGGAUGGAGAAGAAUUUUAAGGAGAGUCCAGGGAUGAUUACAGCAUUAAUCCAGAAUGAAAUCAUGAAGAGAACUGGACUUGAAGGCUAUCCACUAGUUUUAUGAAACAGGUUAUUUACUGUGUAAGUUUAACCUGUGCGAAUUGUUUAUAAAGGAAUUGACUGUAAUUUGUUACUUUUUGUGCUGCUAAAGCAAAUUACAAUCUGCCAAAAGAUUAGAUGAUUUUAGUCCCAUUUUCUUCGAUCUUUUUUCCUCCUGAAUGUAACUUAGCUAUUAUAAGACCUUGAAUCUUCUGUGUAUCAAUCUUCCUGUGUUGUAUCUUUUCGUGUCGUAUUUUUCAACCUGCAUUUUCAAUAUUGAGCUGUAUUCCAAAUGCUUCAUACCA